AUGGGGGGAGUUCAAAUUGGUGGGAAAAUAGGUAGAAGCAUGGAUGGGAAAAAGGAAGAAGUUGGUAUAGGGAAACCAUGGAAUGCCGAUCCGGACCUGGAAGCAGUAGUAGCAUGCUGUGAAGAUGCACUCAAGGCGAAUCCCUGCAAUACAGAAGCCCUAUACAGCUUAGGAAAAUAUCACAUAGAAAACAAAAAUAUAGAUGAAGCAGAGAUUAUUGCAACCAGGUUGUUUGAAUUGGAGCCAGAGUCCUACGAGGGGUGUGUGCUGAGUGGAUAUAUAGGUCUGCAACGGAUCAGGCUUGAUAGAAGCUAUGAGAACUUUGUGAAGGCAUACUACAAGGCUGAGUACAAAGAUAAGUUUUUAAUAUAUGGAAUCUCACUUUUCUAUGAGGCUAUAGGAGAUUAUACAAGUGCAAGACCUUGGCUUGUGUUAUUGAAUAAACUGGGAGUAGAGAAGUACAAGAGCUAUGAAACGUUAUUCAGAACAGGUGUCUGCCUUAAAAAGAUGAACAGACUUCAGGACUCGAUCAACAUCUUCCGUGUGAUCGUAUACGACCCAUUGAACAAUAUCUACAAUCCUGAUGUUCAGAUCCAGAUGGCCCAUCUUUACGAGAUGCAGUCCAAGCAUGAGCUUGCAAUUGAAGUUCUGAAUGGGAUAGAGAAACCGAAUCGGCAUCAUCUCAUAAUUUCGAGGUUAUAUGCAUGGAUAGACUUCAAGAUUGGAAACUUCCGUGGGGUAAAGAAAUGGUAUAGAGCAGAUAGUACUACAAGCAACGACCCCUAUCUUCUGUAUCUGGUUGGAAGAAUCAGGUACAUGGAAAGGAAUUACAUGGCAGCGUUGAGAAAGUACAUGAGGACUGUCCAGGUAGAUUCUAUAGAAGGAAUGGUACAUAAUUCGAUAGGAUGCAUAUAUCUUCGCCAAGGAAGGUUUCUACUUGCAAAGACAGCCUUCAUGAAUGCUUUGGAGAUAAACCCAAAGCUUUCCGAGGCUUCGAUGAAUCUUAAGCUUAUUGAAGAAAUCGUACCCAAGAAUAAAAAAGAAACUGCUGAAUUCAUGGAUAGCACAUUAUAUAACCCCAGUGAUCCACCUCCAGCCAUUGGGAAAACUAGAUAUCUUGAUUCUGGCGAGUUCUUCAAGGAUCCUGCUUAUAACACAUACCCAGGGAUGCCUGGAGUCAUUCUUCCGAUGAAGACAUCCAAGUUUGAGUUGCUUCCAGGAAGAUUUUGA